CUAAUAAAUUCAAGGUCGCGCCGUCUAAUACGAGCAACAAUUGACAUUUGGCACGAAAUCAUUUAAUUAACCUGAAAACCUGUUCGGCUAGGAAGAUCAAACAAUGGAUCUAUUAACUUUAAUUUAGCAGAUCAAUGAACUGUGUCCGAUAGUUUCUGUUGAUGAAUGAACAUAAAGCUUGUUGAGUUAUCUGUAUAUUCUUGAUAAAUUAUUAUCAUUGAUUACACAUCAAAAGUUACUAAUGGAUCAAAUAGAGAUAAAAGUUGUGGUUUUCAAAAACAAGCCAUUUAGAAGAUGUGUAUACUUAAUACGUCAUCUAGUCUUCGAAAAUUCAUUCGCAUUGGGCAAAUAUUGACUUUCCUCAACUAAUUUGCUGCUGUAGAUUGUCAGUUCGAGUUUAUACCUCAAGCAGUACAAGAGAACUGCCGAGCCACAAUGGUUUCAAUAGUGUUAUUGACUACUGAAGAGGUUCUUCAGAGAAAUGGAUUCUGGUAUUGCCUUGAUACUAUUUGGAUUACGCAAGACAUGGAACCUUUCGAAGAUGUGAAACCGGAGCAUGUGUAUUCUAAACCGCUUUCGAGGGACAUAUACUAUGCAAAGUUUCCCGAUAUCCCCAGAAGUGAAUCUGAGGACGAAAACUCUGUGACCGUCAAAGGUUUUCUCAACAAACACAAAGAAUGGAAAUCAAAGAUAUGCAUUCGGAAAUUGGACUCCCAGAGAAAUUCCAUGCAAUCUACUUUUAGUCUGAAAUCGGACAGUGUGUGUAGCAGCAACCGUUCCACAACUAGUGAAGUUUUGAAAAAAGUUAAGUCAUCGAUUACUGAAGAAAUCAAGAUUGAGAUACCCAAAUUUAAUAUCGAUAAUGAUGAACGAGUUCGUAAUUUCUUUGAAAAGUUGCUCCAAAGUAUACCGCCGCCUCCUGAAGAAGAUUUAUCAGAUCUAGACAUUUCUAUAAUACAACCGCAAAGAAUACAAACUGAAGUAUCGGACAUUGAUUUGCCCGAUUACGCUGAUUUUGAAAAUGAUUGCAUACUCCACUCGAAUGAAGAGCAAAAUACCGGUCCUGUAUCAUCAACUUUAAAGAAAUCAAAUCAUAAAUCGAGUUCAAGUGUUAAUUCUUUGAGAAAUGAAAAUCCAGACCAAUUCGAAUGGUAUGAAACUAUUUACGGAAUGUCAGAUUUGAUGGACUCAAAAGAGACUCGUGAGUUUACGAACAGUACUCAUAGAUUAACAACAAUGGAAACUGACGAUAUUAUAUCCUGGUCAGAAAUAGUAGAAAUGUGCGGCUUAACAGAAAGUAUUUUUGAGAAAGAAACAUUAGAUAAUGAAAAAGUAAUAAGUCAAUCACAUUGUGUAAACGACAAGAUAUCAGACAUAUCGGAUAGCGACGAGGAAGAAGCUUAUACUAAGUUUGCGUGUAACAAAUUACGUCAAUCGUUAAAAAAUAAAGAAAAUGUACCUGAUUCUUCUUCGAUGGACAACUUCAAUUGUGAAAAUGAAGAAUUGAUAAAGUUUAAUAUUCCACAAAACGAUCCUUCUCUUUAUAAAACGUUUUACCGUUUAGCACCUGAAGAAGAAGAUUUGGUAAAUGUUUAGUUACAAAGCAACUGUAACAAAUUAUAAUAAAGAUAAUAUAACAUUUGCUUCCGUGUUUCAUUUGAUACUUGAUAACAAAUUAGAACUCUCUAUUUUACCAGAGUAUUUAGUGUAAGUAGAUUUUUCUU